AUGGACGUCGAAUUCGGCCAAUCUCACAGCCCUUUCACCUUCCCUAACUUCAACAACGGUGACGUUCUCAUCUCCAUCCCCCCCAGCGAAAUCUACCAUCUUCAUGCAGACGUCUUGAGACGCUGCUCUCCCCGGUUCAUGGGAAGACUACUCGCGCAAGAGCAUGCAGCGAAUCUAGCCAAAGCUGCCGAACGGGCUGGCGCGAAGACGCGAUUCAAGCUUGAGUUGGAGCAGUCUCGGGAUCAUCCGAAUGGGAUUUUUGAUGUUGAUAGAUAUGGCCGCGCAACUCUGAGUAGCAUGAGCCCACAUGAUUUUCUGAGCAGUAUCUACGAAACAGCCAUCACGCAACACACAAUAGACUGCUGGAGAAACCUCUUUGGCACAUUCUACAACGUCGAGCCGGACCUCAAAGGCUCUACCCUUCAAACAGUUCUCGAGAAGUGCGUGCGUCUGAUGGACACCGCCGAAAGCAUCGACGCUGCCGUGGCUGUGCGUCCUCAUGUGGACAAUGCCCUCGUGCGCCAGGGCCAGUUGCUCUACCGGUCAAUUCUGGCGAGUCCGAUCCAGUGGGGGAAUCUGGCGUUGCGGGUUCAUUCGCCAACGAUCUUUAACGACGCAGUCAUCCAUUUGGUGGGAAAGUGGAACGCGCUGGUCAAAAAGGACAAGAAAGAUAUGGAUCCUCGGCUGGGCGCCGUUUGCGAACGCAAAGCAGCAGAACUGUACAGGAUCAAAGGUGCGGCUGAGAUGCGUGUUGCUGGGCAUAUCCCAUCGGAUUGCUGGCGACGCGCAGAUUGA